AUGGGCGAUCCGGAAAAUUGGGAUAAGAGGGAGGCAAACAGAAGCAUUCGCUGGGGGGGCGAGGUGAAUAGGGGCAGUGACGAGCGUGUAACUCGGAAUGAGCUAGCAACUCCGGAUGAGAUUGCAACUAGGAAUGAGCCAGCCACUCGGGAUGAUCUUGCAACUAGGAAUGAGCCUGCAACUCGGGAUGAGCUAGCCACACGUGAUGAGAUAGCCAAACCGGACGAUCUCGGAACUCCGGACGAAGCCUCCCCGGGAGACGCCAAGAAGAACACCGCAUCCCAAUUCAGCAUCCUGGAGCAGCUGUCCAUGCUAAACAAAAAGAGAAAAAAAUUCUCCAGAGAUAUGGAUGCGUGGGAGGUAAUAUCGAACAUCUCGAAGUAUUCAUCAGACCAUAACAAAGAAACGGAAAAGAAAAAGAUACUAAUCUGUUUAGGCAACAACAAUUUUGGUCAGCUAGGGUUCCAGGAGAACGUUAAAGUUGGCAUAGUGGACUUCUCCACGGUCCUCAUUAGUAAGAGGUACUCCGCAAGUGGGAGGAGCCGCCGGGGAGGACUCCAGACAGGUGGCAAUGAGACGAUUGGCGGAGAGGAUUGCGGAGGCGAAGAUGGUGGCAGCGGAAAUCAAGGCAGCGAAACAGUUGUCGAAGAAGCCCAUGGGGGUGAAGCGAAGAGAACCUUCGAAAGGAGCAGAAGGUACAACGACCUCGCCAGAGAAAUAAAGCGACGGAACAACAACUGUUUUUACAACAGCCAGUGGAAUAACGCCCUCAGCAAAAACGAAAUAUACAACGACAUCCUGACGAGACUCCCGAAUGACUUUAACAUUUCCACGAUUAAGAAAAUCAAAAAUAAUGAGAAAGAUGGGAAGAGUAUGAGCAAAGAGAACGUGCACGACUUGCUAGGAAAGAAACUCACGACGAGCGGCAGUGGAGGGAAGCACAGAAUCGUCACUACUGACGAAGUGAAGAACAGAAGUAUGCAAAAUGGGAAGCGUACCGUAAAGGAGGAACCCCAAGGGAAGCUGCUCUUGCACAAGAAAAAGGACAGCAUCGGUAGCAGGAGGGCAGAUAGGCGGAGGACAGGCAGCGUCCGGGUCAGCCUCAUCAGAGAGACAAACUACCUCAGGAGGAACAGAUACGAGGAAGGGGCAAUGGAGAAGAACAAAAGGUUCUUUUCUGAAAAUGAGAAGGACAAGGAGAAGGAUUACCAAAGGAGGAUCCGUCAGUAUAGUGAUUUUUUCAAAACGACUGAGUAUGUGGUGGGAGGCAGUGGCGGCAUUUCUACUCUGGGAGGAAUCCGUCAAAGGAGCCAAGCAGAGAUUCAGCACAAGCUAGACAUGCGAAAAGAAGUGGGCAUGCCAAACCAAAUGGACACGAGCAACAGCCGCAACAGUAAUAGCCCCAAUUGGAACAGCCACUUGGCAGAUGGAGGGAACAAACCGGGGGAAGACUACCUCUACUUUAACCCAGAGAUAAUUAACUGCGGGAAGUAUCACUCCGGAGUGGUUAGCAAAAAUGGGUUUGUCUGCCUCUGGGGGCUGAACUGCUACGGACAACUUGGGGUGAAUCCGAACAAGUCAGUUCACACGUGUUAUCGAAGGACUAAAUUGAGCAUGUUGAAAAGGAGUCCGGAAGAUGAGGAGAAUGAGAGGGAGAAGGAGAGAAAAAAAACAGACGCUCCCGCAAAGAGGACCAUUUUCUCCCCUGUGAAGACUGAGAAAACGAUGCUGUCCCCCUACAUACAUAAAUUAGUGCCCUUGAAGCAUUUCGGACAUAAGCAUAAAGUGAAAGACAUAAGCUUAGGGUCCUUUCACACGUUAUUACUCACGUACGAUGGGUUCGUUUUUACCUUCGGGUGUAACAAGAAGGCACAGUUGGGGCUGCCAAAUGGGUACCACAGGAAGGUGUCCCACACUAGCAGGCCCUUCCUCCUCCCACUGGUGAUUGUCGAACGAGGGAUGCAGAAGAGCCACCCACGAUAUGGACGAACGAACACCUUUUUCUUCUCAUCAAAGAAGACCUAUGCGAAUAUCGCACAUCCAGUUAUCUCCAUAAACUGUGGGGCGUAUAACAGCGCCUUGAUUGACGCAAAUAGGAAGCUCUGGAUUUGGGGCUGGAACAAGUUUGGCCAAAUAGACAGCACUUAUGCGGUUGAGAAGAUGAAGAAGAAACAGCGGGAAGAAGCGGCGCAGGGGUGCAAAACGUGCAGUGGGGGAACGAUACACAUGAGCAUGAUGGGCCUGAAAACGAUAGCCCAAGUGGUACAAAAGGGGGGAGAACACAUAAAAAAAAGACUUACGUCCAAGGAGAGGUUACACUCGAAAGAUGGAGACGGACAUAGGGACAAACACAGGAGAUAUAAAAAAAGCAACAAACUUGUGAAUGUCCCGAGAAAUGUGAAGAUAAAAGAUAAGAGUGUGCUUCAAGUCAGUUUGGGUAAGUACCAUAGCCUUUGCCUGACGGAGGACAAGUCGGUGUAUAUAUGGGGCUACUUGAAGAGAGAAAAAAAAGGAGCAGCAGAAGGGGCAGAAGAGGAAGAGAAGAAAUGCUCAUAUGUUAUCUCCUGCUGUGGAGGCAGCAAGUACUACAGGAACAUCACCAGCAUCACAAAGAUAACCUGUUUGAGCAAUUUAUACAUCUCGAGCAUUGCCUCCUCCAGCACUCACACGGCAUUCGUUGCGCCAAUAACGUAUAUAGAUGAAAGAAGUAUGGACUCGCAGGGGGGACCCAGAAGUGCCAUCUCACCAGGAGGGGAAAAAGUGGGAAACAAAUUCAGGUACAACAUUCUUCUGAAAAAUGAAAGCUCCCAUUUGUUGGAAUAUUAUUCUGAGCAGGUCAUAACGAGGGGAGGAGACAACAUCUUUUACGUCAAAUACUCAGACCUCAUUCUCUUGAUUAGCCGAUCAUCCCAAGGAGGAGAAAGUCACAUUGCAGGUCAGGGGACCCACCCAAGGCAGAAUGUCUACCUCAUAAAUAACUCUCUCCACGUCAGUAAUGUGUGUAAUAAUGGGAGUAAUUACUACCUCAAUCUUAACGCUCGAGGGGGGAGUGCUGCUGGCCAGGCGGAUGAAGCAGCCCAAGUGAGCGGUGCAUGUCAUGUAAGCGGUGCAUACCCCGUCAGCAAAACAGACCAAGUGAAAAAAAUCCUGCAGCCGCUUCUGCUCAGCAAUAACAACAACGUCAACCGAGUGGAUUUACUACAAAUAUUCCAAGUAGCCAUGGGGAAAAACUUUGCCAUUUUUUUAACCUCCUCUCCAUCUAUUAAUCGCAUUUUAAACAAAAAAAAAAUUGAUUACAUAAACAACAUUUGCUCUUUAGACGUUCUUCGAAAUAAAAUCCCCGAGAGAAACAUAUUCAUCAUUGGCAAGUCUGACUUCCAUCACAUUAUCCUUCCCAGUAACUGCAAACAGACAAGCAUUCCAAUCUGUCUGCACAAGGACAAGCUAAUAAAUGAGGCCCUCCUACGCAAUAAAAAACACAAUUUUUUAACCAUAUCAAGGAGGAAGAAGUACUCGGAUCAGAUUAGCUACAACAAUAAGCUUCUAAACUUGAAGAAGCUGUAUGGGAAAAUAAAAAAAAGCGUGACUAACUGUAGUUUACUCUACAAUGAUAUCGACCAGGAGAGGUUUUCCCUCCUCCUGGACCCCAUUGCUGCCAACAGGAGCUCUCUAGCGGCGUACAGGCUGCACUCCGUGAACUGUGGUACAUCCAGCAGCAGGAACAGGAAAUCCCUUUCGUAUCUGCAAUCGUCGAGCGAUCGGGCUAGCAGCAACAACAACAGAAGUAGCAACAGCAACAAAAGAAUCAGCAACAGCAACAACAACAGCAUCUUCCACUUCCACUUGGGGCAGAGGAGGGACACGGCGGCGCGAGGCACCGGGGGAAAGUGCGCCUCCUCGGAGGAUCGCUUUUCCGGCGACCGGGAUGGGAGCAGGCGCGUGGGUAGCCACGUCAUCAGCAACCGCGAAGAGAGCAACAACGUUGGAAGGAACCGCGCCGAUUGCAACCGAGGCGACCCCUGCGAAUGGGUCUCCUUCCGCACAACGCCCCAAUCCUCGCAGAGCUCAUGGCAGACAAACUCCUCCAGGGCGCCAGCCAACCUGAGCAGACAAGCAGAAGCAAACGUAUCGGAGGUAAGCAAACAAGAGCGAACCCCUGGAGGGGAAAAUAAAAAGAACAGGGCGGACACCCCCCUGUUGUGCAAGGAACAGAAGGAUAGUCUGUUUAGUUCAUCGAACGAGGGAGACUUGCAGAAGGAACACAAUUCGAAAAGAGCAGCAGAUUUAGGGAUGUCAAGUGAAGAAUCCCAUCUGUGCGACGAAUCUGGGGAGUACUACCCCCUUGGUAAAAAAAAACAGGUAAGCAGUGCGUGGGGCACACCCGGAGAGGAACUGGACCAUUCGCGGAGCACACAAAAGGAAGGAAAACAUUUUUCACACAAGAGCAGCAGUAGAAGUAGUAGCUGCAAUAAUCACCUUGUGAAUGGCCAAGAAGUGGAAAGGGCUAACAAAGCCGUGAUAGGUUGUUCUUCCAUCAUGGGAAGGACAAACGAGGCUGAGAUGUGCAGGGACCACACGGAUGGGAAUAAUAAUGGAAAGGAAGGCGGGAAGGAACUCGAAAAGGAGAGUAACCCCCCCGCGAAGGAAAGGCGCAAAAGCUCUACAUGCGUAAAUAAAAAAAAACUCUUCAGAAAUAUGAUACUGGAAACUAUCGAUAACAUAAAUGACAAUUUUUUGAAUCUGCAAAAUGGGAGUGACAGAUUGCUGGAUUGCGAACAAGUUAAAUUAAAAUUUAAAGUUUUUAAAAAAAGGAGGUCAUGCCUGUGGAAUUAUUUCACGUAUCAUCACACGAAGCGGAAGUGUCCCUUUGGGUUUAACUUGUCUGAAAAUAUCGUCAACAUAACGCUACUCGAUGUUGCCUGUGGGGAUUACCACUCACUGAUUUUGUUGGAGGUGGAUACGCUGACGUGA